AUGGCGUCAGGACCUGUAGGCGGCGGACCAAGAAUGCGUUCGAUAUGGCGCUUCCUCGCCGUCGAUCCAGAAAUAUACCCACUCCUGGGCGUCCUAAUGGCAACUUUUGGUGCGGCAGGAUAUAUGCUAGGGAAGAAUGCCGCUACCGUCAGAAAUGACGACGCAAAAAGACUCAUGUCUGAGAGACCAAUUCCAUUUCGCGUUGAUGCGAGGAGCAACAUACCGGGUGUUUCUCCCAGUGGCAAUUUCAGAUAUAGUUAUCAUCGUUCCAGGGAGGAUAAUGCUGCGCAAGUGCCUCCACCAAGUGCAGUGACCGAACAUGAAGUGAAGGUCAAUGUCCCGGAAGAAGUAGCAGAGAAAGUUUCUGCGGCAGCGAAAACUGACUAG